UGGCGGCGGCGGCGGCGGCGGCGGCGGGACGCGGCGGUGGCGGCGGCGGCGCUGUGCGUGAUUACUGACAGGCACCAGCUGCUGCGCCGCCCGCCGCCCGGACGCGCUAUGUGGCCGCUCCGAGCGAGGGCUAGAUUCCAGACUAAUCCCGGAGGGCUGGCCCAGCCCGAGCUGCCCGGGCUGCGAGGAAGCGAUGACCACUCCUGUUAGCCCAAGUUGAAGGCAGCCCGGCUGCGCGCGGGAGCCCGGGAGGCCGCGCUCUUCGGAAGACGCUCGGGAGAGGAACAUGAACUGAAGAGUCAACAUGUAUGGGAAUUAUUCUCACUUCAUGAAGUUUCCCACAGGCUUUGGCGGCUCCCCUGGCCACUCCAGCUCCACGUCCAUGAGCCCAUCGGCAGCCCUGUCCACAGGGAAGCCAAUGGACAGCCACCCCAGCUACACGGACACCCCCGUGAGUGCCCCACGGACUCUGAGUGCAGUGGGGCCCCCCCUCAACGCCCUGGGUUCUCCAUAUCGAGUCAUCACAUCUGCCAUGGGCCCGCCGUCGGGAGCGCUGGCAGCGCCCCCAGGAAUCAAUCUGGUCGUCCCACCCAGCUCCCAGCUAAAUGAGGUCAACAGUGUCAGCAUUUCAGAGGACAUCAAGCCCUUACCAGGGCUUCCUGGGAUUGGAAACAUGAACUACCCAUCAACCAGCCCCGGAUCUCUGGUGAAACACAUCUGUGCCAUCUGUGGGGACAGAUCCUCAGGAAAGCACUACGGCGUGUACAGUUGUGAAGGCUGCAAAGGCUUCUUCAAGAGAACCAUAAGGAAAGACCUUGUGUACACCUGCCGUGAUAAUAAAGACUGCCUCAUUGACAAGCGUCAAAGGAACCGGUGUCAGUACUGUCGCUACCAGAAGUGCCUGGUGAUGGGCAUGAAGAGGGAAGCUGUGCAAGAAGAAAGGCAGAGGAGCCGGGAGCGGGCCGAGAGUGAGGCAGAAUGUGCCAGUAGUGGCCAUGAUGAUAUGCCUGUGGAGAGGAUUCUAGAAGCUGAACUUGCUGUCGAACCAAAGACAGAAUCCUACGGUGAUAUGAACAUGGAGAACUCGACGAAUGACCCUGUUACCAACAUAUGCCAUGCUGCUGAUAAGCAGCUUUUCACUCUUGUUGAAUGGGCCAAGCGCAUCCCCCACUUCUCUGACCUCACCUUGGAGGACCAGGUCAUUCUGCUCCGGGCAGGGUGGAAUGAGCUGCUGAUUGCCUCCUUCUCCCACCGCUCCGUCUCCGUGCAGGAUGGCAUUCUCCUGGCCACGGGCUUACACGUCCACCGGAGCAGUGCCCACAGUGCUGGUGUUGGCUCCAUCUUUGACAGAGUCCUGACUGAGCUGGUCUCCAAAAUGAAAGACAUGCAGAUGGACAAGUCGGAGCUGGGGUGCCUGCGAGCCAUCGUGCUGUUUAACCCAGAUGCCAAGGGGCUGUCCAACCCCUCGGAGGUGGAGACUCUGCGGGAGAAGGUUUAUGCUACCCUCGAGGCCUACACAAAGCAGAAGUAUCCGGAACAACCUGGCAGGUUCGCCAAGCUGCUGCUGCGCCUCCCAGCCCUGCGCUCUAUCGGCUUGAAAUGCCUGGAGCACCUGUUCUUCUUCAAGCUCAUCGGGGACACGCCCAUCGACACCUUCCUCAUGGAGAUGCUAGAGACCCCGCUGCAGAUCACCUGAACGCCCCCAGCCGCAGCCCGCCCCCCACCAGGACCACCCCUGGGCCGAUGUGUGUGGACCCCCACCCUGCACACGUUCCCCCGCCUCCCACCCUGACCCCUUCCUGUUCCACAAAUGUGAUGCUUACAAUAAAGAAACCUUUCUACAUGUGCGACUUUUAUAGGUGGAGUUUUGUACAGAUGUUAAAGGAAGCCCUCCUUUGCCAUCUGAGGGGCUGGGGAUCUUUCUGGAAGCUCUUGGAAAAAGGAACCAAGCCUCUGUACAUAUAACUGGUUUAAAUUAUUUUUUCACUUGCCAUGGAAAGCAAACGAGCGAAUAAUAAAAUAAUAUAUAUGAUGUUGGCA